CUUCCCCUGCACCCUCCUUCCUCCCUCCGCCCGAGAGCUUCCCCGGUCCCCGGCGCCGCCUCCUUCCCUCCCGGCACCGUGCUCUCGCGGCCGCCGUCGCCCCGGGGAAGGAGAGACGGGGGUGGGGUUUGCGGGUAGCGAUCGAGAAGGGGAGAGACCCCGGCCAGGCAGGAGCCUGGAUUCCUGUGGAAGAAGAACAGGGGGAGGGGAAGCUGGAGGACCGGGAGGGAGAACGGGGAGCCGCGGCCGGGCCUGGGGCCUUGAGGCCCGGGGAGAGCCGCGGCGCGGGACCGGCCGCCGAGAUGCUGCUGCUGCUGCUGGUGCCUCUCUUCCUCCGCCCCCUGGGCGCUGGCGGGGCGCAGACCCCCAACGCCACCUCGGAAGGUUGCCAGAUUAUACAUCCGCCCUGGGAAGGUGGCAUCAGGUACCGUGGCUUGACUCGCGACCAGGUGAAGGCCAUCAACUUCCUGCCUGUGGACUAUGAGAUCGAAUACGUGUGCCGUGGGGAGCGCGAGGUGGUGGGGCCCAAGGUGCGCAAAUGCCUGGCCAACGGCUCCUGGACGGAUAUGGACACACCCAGCCGCUGUGUCCGAAUCUGCUCCAAGUCUUAUUUGACCCUGGAAAAUGGGAAGGUUUUCCUGACGGGUGGGGACCUCCCAGCUCUGGAUGGAGCCCGGGUGGAGUUCCGAUGUGACCCCGACUUCCAUCUGGUGGGCAGCUCCCGGAGCAUCUGUAGUCAGGGCCAGUGGAGCACCCCCAAGCCCCACUGCCAGGUGAAUCGAACGCCACACUCAGAACGGCGUGCAGUAUACAUCGGGGCGCUGUUUCCCAUGAGCGGGGGCUGGCCGGGGGGCCAGGCCUGCCAGCCCGCGGUGGAGAUGGCGCUGGAGGACGUUAACAGCCGCAGAGACAUCCUGCCGGACUACGAGCUCAAGCUUAUCCACCACGACAGCAAGUGUGACCCAGGGCAAGCCACCAAGUACUUGUACGAACUACUCUACAAUGACCCCAUCAAGAUCAUUCUCAUGCCUGGCUGUAGUUCUGUCUCCACACUUGUAGCUGAGGCUGCCCGGAUGUGGAACCUUAUUGUGCUCUCCUAUGGCUCCAGUUCACCAGCCUUGUCAAACCGACAGCGGUUUCCCACGUUCUUCCGGACGCAUCCAUCCGCCACACUCCACAAUCCCACCCGGGUGAAACUCUUUGAAAAGUGGGGCUGGAAGAAGAUCGCUACCAUCCAACAGACCACCGAGGUCUUCACCUCAACGCUGGAUGACCUGGAGGAGCGAGUGAAAGAGGCUGGGAUCGAGAUCACUUUCCGACAGAGUUUCUUCUCAGAUCCAGCUGUGCCUGUUAAAAACCUGAAGCGUCAAGAUGCUCGAAUCAUCGUGGGACUUUUCUAUGAGACGGAAGCCCGGAAAGUUUUUUGUGAGGUCUAUAAGGAAAGGCUCUUUGGGAAGAAGUACGUCUGGUUCCUCAUCGGGUGGUAUGCUGACAACUGGUUCAAGACCUAUGACCCGUCAAUCAAUUGUACAGUAGAAGAAAUGACCGAGGCGGUGGAGGGCCACAUCACCACGGAGAUUGUCAUGCUGAACCCUGCCAACACCCGAAGCAUUUCCAACAUGACGUCACAGGAAUUUGUGGAGAAACUAACCAAGCGGCUGAAAAGACACCCCGAGGAGACUGGAGGCUUCCAGGAGGCACCACUGGCCUAUGAUGCUAUCUGGGCCUUGGCUUUGGCCUUGAACAAGACGUCUGGAGGAGGUGGCCGUUCGGGCGUUCGCCUGGAGGACUUUAACUACAACAACCAGACCAUUACAGACCAGAUCUACCGGGCCAUGAACUCCUCCUCCUUUGAGGGCGUUUCUGGCCAUGUGGUCUUUGAUGCCAGCGGCUCCCGGAUGGCAUGGACACUUAUCGAGCAGCUACAGGGAGGCAGCUACAAGAAGAUCGGCUACUACGACAGCACCAAGGAUGAUCUUUCCUGGUCCAAAACGGACAAGUGGAUUGGAGGGUCUCCCCCAGCUGACCAGACCUUGGUCAUCAAGACAUUCCGCUUCCUGUCACAGAAACUCUUUAUCUCCGUCUCAGUUCUCUCCAGCCUGGGCAUUGUUCUUGCUGUUGUCUGUCUGUCCUUUAACAUCUACAACUCCCACGUUCGUUAUAUCCAGAACUCCCAGCCCAACCUGAACAAUCUGACUGCUGUGGGCUGCUCCCUGGCACUGGCUGCUGUCUUCCCUCUCGGGCUGGAUGGUUACCACAUAGGGAGAAGCCAGUUCCCGUUUGUCUGCCAGGCCCGCCUUUGGCUCUUGGGCUUGGGCUUUAGUCUGGGCUAUGGCUCUAUGUUCACCAAGAUCUGGUGGGUCCACACCGUCUUCACGAAGAAGGAGGAGAAGAAGGAGUGGCGGAAGACCCUAGAGCCCUGGAAACUGUAUGCCACUGUGGGCCUGCUGGUGGGCAUGGACGUCCUGACUCUUGCCAUCUGGCAGAUUGUGGACCCCUUGCACCGAACCAUUGAGACUUUUGCCAAGGAGGAACCAAAGGAAGACAUCGAUGUCUCCAUUCUGCCCCAGUUGGAGCACUGCAGCUCCAAGAAGAUGAAUACGUGGCUUGGAGAGCUUUGGUCUUUUGCUGUGAGUAGUGAUGUUCAGCGGAGGGCCACUGUAGGCGGUGACUCACCCAUCUGUGUCUGGCCAGCUCCUGAGAGCAUUUUCUAUGGUUACAAGGGGCUGCUGCUGCUGCUGGGAAUCUUUCUUGCUUACGAAACCAAGAGCGUGUCCACUGAAAAGAUCAAUGACCACAGGGCCGUGGGCAUGGCUAUCUACAAUGUCGCGGUCCUGUGUCUCAUCACCGCUCCUGUGACCAUGAUCCUUUCCAGUCAGCAGGACGCCGCCUUCGCCUUUGCCUCUCUGGCCAUCGUGUUCUCUUCCUACAUCACUCUGGUUGUGCUCUUUGUGCCCAAGAUGCGCAGGCUGAUCACCCGAGGGGAAUGGCAGUCCGAAGCGCAGGACACCAUGAAAACAGGAUCAUCCACCAACAACAACGAGGAAGAGAAGUCCCGACUGUUGGAGAAGGAAAACCGAGAAUUGGAAAAGAUCAUCGCUGAGAAAGAGGAGCGCGUCUCUGAACUGCGCCAUCAGCUCCAGUCUCGGCAGCAACUCCGCUCACGGCGCCACCCCCCAACACCCCCAGAUCCCUCUGGGGGCCUUCCCAGGGGACCCUCGGAGCCCCCUGACCGGCUUAGCUGUGAUGGGAGUCGAGUACAUUUGCUUUACAAGUGAGGGGGCAUGGAGAAGGAUCGAGCCAGUAGGGGAGGGAAGGGUCUGGGAAGAGGGUGGGGGCCUGGGAGGAGGGUAAGGACUACUAUCUCCAACCUGGAGAGCACGCGCUCCAAUCCCCCUCUUAUAAAUACAUGUCGCUCUGUGCAUCUGGGGUUAUUUGGGUCUCCAGUACUCUGGGAAACAGACUGUUUUCUUUCUUCCCUAUAAUUUUAUAUCUCCACUUCACAGGUUUUGUUUGAACCCUGCUUGGAGUUAUUAUUCACUCAUGGCUCCAGAGGGG